UUGUAUCGUAUGCGGGACAGUCAUGGUGAUUAUCUUACUUUACUGUCCGCCUUUCCUACCGCCUGUACAUCCUUUAAAACAGAGAUAAUAAACAAACAUUGAUAAGGCGUUAAUAUAAAAUAUUAAAAAUCUUACACUACGCAAAGCCGCCACAUGUCUGCAGACAAGCUCUAUAUUUGGUGUUUGGUCGGUAUCUGCGUGGCUCUAGGUCACGUAAGUACCAUCCAGGCAACAGCGGCGCCGCACAACGUCCAUGCAACGACGACGACGCCGACGCCAAAGCCCGACCAUGAAGUUAUUCAAGAUCUUCUCCAUGAACUGCACUACAUGAAACAGUCUGUUUCUGAACUCACUCGCCAAGUGAUGCUGCAGCAGACGUUUGUUGAAGAGCGCAUCCGGUCUGACGGCAGUUCCGGUCUGAAACAGAUCAGAAACAACAACAAUGGGGAUCAUACGUAUCAGACGGAUGCCGAAAGUGGAGGCGGCGUCGCCAAUAUACACGAACACUCGAGCAAUAUCCGAACCAUUGGAAUGGGAGAGCUCAAUGUCGUGAUGAAUGGUGUUGAGUUCCGUACACGUCAUAAUGACUACCGUCUAGCGAUGCCGGCAUCACAUCCGGGCUACAACGCUCAGGUGGAUAUACCGUUCCCGGAAGUGCCCCCGGCUGUUCUAAGCAAAGCGACCGUCCCUGAACAGGUGGAGGAAAUGAAGUUGUGGUUUAAAGCGUUCAAUGCUCAGGACCAUUCCGUACGGGACUACCGACCGUACUUCAGAGCGGUACUCUGUUACAUGGAAGGCGGCUGGACGACGAACACACAAAAGCUAGAAGAACCGUUCUUUAGUGACCGACAUUUCAUCGAUGCCUCCAGCUGGUUUGAUCUCCAGGAUAAGGUGCGAUUCGCAUCCUACUCGGGAGGCAAGAGCAACCUGGAGAACUUUGCCUACCUGCCCACCACCAUCAUGAACGUCGUUAAUGGGACGCCGGAGUACGCCCAGUGGAACUACAGAAUCAUCUGCCAUCCGCUGAAAAACGAUUUGCCAAAGGCUGCCUUAGAAAUAAUAGACGAUCUCUCACCAAGAAUGCGGCGCAAUUUGCCCAUGUCAAGAUUCAGUGAGUCCCGUCUGGCGAGGUACAGGUUGAGACGAGAGGUCCCGAGGGCAGUACAGCGAUAUGUCUCUAAACCCUAUGGCUGGGGCAUCUUGGACGAGUUGAUGUACGAGAUUCCAGGGAAAGACAACUAUGGUACGACCGUCACCGAUGACGCACUGGGUCAGACAGUGUAUCACGUGAAGAACGCCUCUUUACCCCUUAACACGGCGCACUAUCAACGACUGUACCAUGUGAUCGAAAAGGACGCCAUGGGUAACAGGGUGGUACAUAGAGGAUUCUCCGAUCCCAACUUGUUCGCGGCCCAGACAAGCGACCACAAAAUCGCUGGCCUAACGAUACAGAAUUGCAACCACGCACAUCCACCGGUGUGCACGUUUGUCACCCAGCGUUUCACGUGGGCCAUACCGCUUGAGAUCAUCUACAUGACACCCCUGCUUAGAUGGAACCCAUACAACCUGACCCACGUGGACAUCAACGGCGGCCGAGAGGUUCAAUCCAUUAUACACACAAGUACCGGAGCUCAACGAAACGGAAACCUGGACCCCGCGCAUGCGUACAACGGUACCUUCAACAAGCUGUACUAUCGGACACCGGCGGAGCUCUUCGCUGACGGCAGGGCCGUCGACCAUAGUAACGCCGACACUGCUAAAGGCGUCGUCGGUGUCCUAGACCCACAGGGUAAUGUUCGAAAAGUUGUGGCUUCCGGUACGAGAAUCAUUUUGCCCAACAUAGAAGGCGUGGGCCAAAUUCGCACGCGCUAUCCCAUAAUGCCCUUUCAUUCAGACGGGCAACAGACGAGAAAAGAGCUAGACGCCUUAAAGGACAUGGUGAUGAACAUGGCUAAGUACGGGCCCCUGUUCGAGACUGAGCCCACCACACUUUCAUUGGCCAACCAGACCUACAACAACCAGCCGCACUUACUCAAGGUGGCCCCGACAAGUCGUGACCCUCCCGGUUACCAUGACCACGAAAUCAACAUCGUGCAGAGUGACCUUAACGAACUGAAGCAAGGUCAAACAAUCCGCGCCAUCCUCACUUCGGUGGACAACGGGCACCAGCACAGCGUUGACGUCUCUAUGGAUUCCCAUGGUCACUUCGUAAUGGCGUCAUGCGACGGAAUGGCUCAUUGCUGGGACGGUCAUAGCAACCAGCUGACCUUAGAGUACUAAACCGCUCAGAGAAAUGAUUGAAAUAAAAACCAGCAUUCACA